AUGGCCAUAGCUCUCGAUCAAGCCCACCGAGCCCCACCACUAACCCGGCCCAGAAGAUGUAACUGCCGAUCCUUCCCCCACUUCGACUUCAAAAUGCUCGAUUUCGACCCACCCGAGCUGCCUCAUCAGUCACAUUUCAAGUCGACUUACAUCAACCGAAGCCUCUCGACCCCUUGCCUUUCAUAUACAGACAAAAGCUCCACGACCAAUUCAAGAAUCGAGCUCAUCACGGGCCCCACCUCUCAACCCGUUGGGGCCCUGAUCCUUGAGGUUGCCAAGGCCACGGCUGAUGGGUUCAGCCUCGAGCGGGCCUUGGGUGGGCUUGGUGGGGCCUACUUUCUGCGAGCCCAGAAUGGUCAGAUUCUAGCUGUCAUCAAGCCCAUAGACAGCCCGGAAUGUACGAAAAGCCCAAUCGGGUCAGGAGAGAUCGGGCCCCGCGAGUCGGCUGCUUAUCUACUCGACCACGGCGGAUUUUCCGGCGUGCCCCCGACUGCUCUGGUUAAAUUCUUCCAUUUUAAGUUCGGCCCGAACUGCAAAAUCGUGUCCCUUCAGCAAUUUGUGGACCAUGAAUCGGAUGCCGGGGAUCUUGGUCCGUCGGGCUUCCCGGUCCCGAGCGUGCACCGAAUAGGAAUACUGGACGUGAGGCUGAUGAAUCUCGACAGGCAUGCAGGGAAUAUUCUUGUAGGUUCGGGGAAGAGAGAUUUAGUCCCGAUAGAUCACGGGUUUUGCUUGCCCGAGUUUCUUAAUGACCCGUAUUUCGAGUGGCUGCAUUGGCCUCAGGCCUCGGUUCCCUUUGGGAAAGCGGAGGCUGAAUACAUAUCGAGUCUUGACCCAUAUAAAGAUGCCGAGCUUUUGAGAUCCGAGCUUCCUUUGAUAAAGGAAUGUUCUAUUCGCGUUCUUAUUGUGUGCACUGUGUUUUUGAAGCGAGCAGCGAGUCAUGGAUUGUGCCUUGCGGAUAUAGGUGAAAUGAUGAGUAGAGAUUUUUGCGAGGGUCGAGAAAAUCGGAGCUCGUUAGAGAAGCUGUGCUUGUAUGCUAAGUCUCGGUUGAGUGAAGGACCAACAAGAAUAUCAUCUGUUGACUUAUUUGACGAUUCGACUGAUGAAAAGGUCUCGUUUGGUGACCUGAAAGACGAGGAAUGGGAGUCGUUCAUGGAGAUAUUCGGUGGGAUUUUACCUUACGCGUUCGACCAGAAGAAAAAACAGAAAAAAUAA